UCGUUAACGACAACUCUCUGAAUGAAAAAAGUCCUGUUGGCAGACAGUGACGGGUCGUGAUGACGCAGGGGGGGGGGUGAUGGAGUGGGUUGGGUUUGCAAGAGACACCAGUGAGUCACUUGCUACCCCUCGUCAUAAGAGAAGACCUGCGGGUCGGCCGUGCGCGCCCGCAGUUGUGCGGCGCUCUCCACGAUGAGCGCACUCCUCUCCAUCCCCUCGCCAGCGUCUCGGCGCCAGUCAGCGGUCGCAGCCUCCUCCCGACGUGGCUCAGGCGAGCAGCCCGCCGGGAUGGGAAACCCCGGCUUAAAGUUGAGGCACUGGAUGCUGUUGCUUCCUCCAACAUGCUGAGUCAAGCUGAAUUUGCCCCCUGCAUUCAACAGAAGGAAUCUGGAUGCUGCUCACCAACCAUCCAACCCAGAAAUUGGUUUCUUACUCCAACUGUUAAGAAAAUGGACUCUCUUUGUGCCCAAACCGCAGUUUUUGUUCAGAGAACAUGCAACCGUUGGUCUAGAUGUGUACGCCUAUUUGUCUACCCCAUCUAUAAUUCAAUAGUGUUUUAGUACCAGCUGCAUAUAAGAUUUUAAUAUUUUCAAGAUGGAUUCCGUGAUUUCAGCCUUGUAGGUUUUGUCUGCAUAUAUUAUACUUCUCUCUCAGUGUCUCUGCAUGUGUCCUGGAGUUUUAUUUUCUUGAUGUAUCGCCAAAGUAAUGGCUCAUUUGCCAGAGGCAUCACCAUUCAAAUUAUGUUUUGACAUAGACGGACUUAAUGUGAUCAUUACUAUAACGGCUUUAAUGACAAUUCCCUAAUGUCCCUUUUUCUGCUGUAGAGAACUUAAAUAGGUGUGUGCUUCAAGUCUACCUUUGUAGCACGGGACAGUGUCGAGCAUCAGCACAGAACUGGAGCAGAUGGUUCCUGUCCAAUAUGGCCCCAGCUGCUCUCUGCUCCAACUGCAGCGAGGUUCAAGUCCCAGAGCUCAACAUGGUCAAAGCUGUGGUUUUGGGCUUGGUGCUUGGUAUUCUCAUUGUGUUUGGAAUUGUGGGCAACAUCCUGGUAAUCCUCUCAGUAGUUUGCCAUAGACACCUGCGGACCGUCACGCAUUAUUUUAUAGUAAAUCUGGCGGUGGCAGAUUUGUUGCUGAGCUCAACCGUACUGCCCUUCUCGGCCAUUUUUGAGAUCCUGGAUCGUUGGGUGUUUGGACGGGCCUUUUGUAAUGUUUGGGCAGCUGUGGAUGUGCUCUGCUGCACUGCCUCCAUCAUGAGCCUCUGUGUAAUAUCUGUGGACCGCUACAUCGGGGUCAGUUACCCUCUGCGUUACCCAGCGAUCAUGACAAAGCACCGGGCUCUGCUGGCAGUGAUGCUGCUAUGGGUGCUCUCUGUGAUCAUAUCAAUCGGACCGCUGUUUGGCUGGAAAGAGCCUGCUCCCGAGGACGACUCCAUCUGCAAGAUCACAGAGGAGCCCGGCUACGCCAUCUUCUCUGCUGUGGGCUCCUUCUACCUCCCUCUCGCCAUCAUACUGGCCAUGUACUGUCAGGUUUAUGUGGUCGCUCGCAGAGAGAGCCAGGGCCUGAGGGAGGGCCAAAAGACAGAGAAGUCCGAUUCCGAGCGGGUGAUACUCAGGAUACACAGGGGCAACACGACUGUAUCAGAGGACGAGGCCCUUCGGAACCGCACUCAUUUUGCCCUGCGACUGCUCAAGUUCUCGCGUGAGAAGAAAGCUGCCAAGACAUUGGGCCUGGUGGUUGGCUGCUUCGUGUUAUGCUGGCUGCCCUUUUUCCUCGUGCUACCCAUAGCCGCGAUGUUCCCAGCACACAGACCUUCUGACACUGUGUUCAAGAUCACCUUCUGGCUCGGUUACUUCAACAGCUGCAUCAACCCCAUCAUCUACCCAUGCUCCAACCAGGAGUUUAAAAAAGCUUUCCAGAGUUUACUUGGAGUUAACUGUUUAAGAAAGACUCCCAGACCACAUCAUCUGACUGCAGGUCACGGUCAAACAAAAGGUCACAGCAAGCCCCUCACCCUGGGCCCGGACAACAGGGGGGCUCCCUGUCGCUACAGUCCCUCGACCUCUAUGGCCCUGUCCAGAACCCCUUCGUCCAGGGACAGCAGGGAUUGGAGGGUCUUUUCUGAAGACCCCACAAAUGGAUCCGGACCAGCCCAGACGAGCCGGGCUAAAGUAGCCAAACUCUGCAGUAGAGGCUUCCACCGAACCUGCUGCUCCUGCAUCCUCAGUGGUGGGACCCCCCCGCAGGAGUCAAACUGCGGCCAACCCCCUCCUGUCGGAAACCUUCCCACUAUUAAAAUCCACCAACUGUCCUUGUCGGAAAAAGGAGAGUCAGUGUGACCACUGUAAUCCUACAUCGAUUAGUAAUGACCCCCCUUUCAAGGUCACAUAUGAGAAUAUUUUUCCAUUUGCCCUGUUAACAUCAGAAUGGCUGCUUUGAUUUUUAAAUCUGAAACAUCUCUGCCUUGAUAUCAUUCUGUGAUAUAGUUGUUUUGCUUGAUGUAAGAUUUUCAAAAUCUUCCAAAGAUAUAACACAAGCUCUAUAUGAGAUUUGACAGCAUAUUAGUGAUUACUGUUUAAUUUCAUAAAAUAAAGCAAAUGUCUUUCCAGUUUUAUUUUAUACAAAAGCGUAGGGGGGAAAAAAGACCCUGCAAGCACUCCCCUGAUGUGGACCAAAUGAAAAGAUCCCUGUACUAGAAAAGCUGUGAAAGUUUUCCUCAAGAGGACCAACAUAUUACUAGAUGUUUACAUGUUUUUGUAUUACAAAGUGGCAAUUCAAAUGUGUAAAAAUGUAAAUGGGAAAGUUUUAUAUAUUGCAUGAUUUCACCAAAUGUUUCCAAAAGGCUGGUCAGUGGUGCUCCCGUCAUCUCCAAAGUUUGCCUAAUGCUGUUCCUGUUGUCACAAUGUUGUUUGUGUACUGCUCUGUACACAGUCAAAAACCAAGGGACGUUGCGUGCUGUGUCACAUUACAAUAAAUUUGUAUGACACAUUCCUAUCAAGGGAA